CCUUUGAGGAUGUCCAUAACAUUAGUGCUUACUCCAAGUGAAACUACGAAAUGGAGCUGCAGACAUGGCUCCUGAUGGUCUUUACGUGCUGCUAUGCUGUGCCAGAAGACAUGUCAGGGAAGCAAAUCAUUUUCCCAGUGAAGUCAAACACUGCCUAUGUCAAAAUAACCCCUGACAUGAACAAAAUCUUCUUUGCUGUGACUGUCUGCGUUCGAUUUUUCACCGACUACCAGACAAAGGAGCUGACCAUUUUCUCAUUGGCCACGCCUUCUCAUGCUGAUGGUUUUGUAAUCUUCAGGGGAGAUGGGGGAAAUUACAGGGUGUACAUUGGGGACCAAGGUAUCUAUUUCCGGGGAUUGCCAGACAAAAUGAACGAGUGGAACUCUGUUUGUGGGACGUGGGAUGCCAGUACAGGAUUGACUCAACUGUGGGUGAAUGGGAAGCCAAGUGCAAGGAAAGCCCUCCAAGCCGGCAGCUCCAUCUCUGGUACUCCCAGUAUUAUUUUAGGUCAGGACCAAGAUGCAUACGUUGGUGGGUUUGAUGUGUAUGACUCCUUUUACGGACAUGAGACUGAUGUCCACAUGUGGGACAGAGUGCUCUCCCCAUGUGAGAUCCAAAGCUACAUGAAGGGGGAGGUGUUAUCUCCAGGGAAUGUGGUAAAUUGGAACGCACUAAAAUACACAAGGCAUGACUAUGUGGUUGUUGAGAGGAUGCAGAACCUGACCUGUUAAACAUUUGACCUCAAGAAUCACAAACAGAUCAUUUCAAACCAUGCUUACUUUUGUAUACGAUCAUGUGCCUGUUAUGCGUGGGAAUAGUGUGGAACAGAUUUCCAAAAUUAAAAUCACUUGGAGCUGAUUUCCUGGUGGUUUUACAGUAUUUUAUGUCCAGCAAUGAAAAUGAAAACAAGAAAAGUGUUGGGGGAGGAAUAAAACCACCCAGGGGCCAAAUUUGGUCUGUGUGCCACCAGCUGGGGAAUCCUGCUGAAGGGGGUUGUAUCAAUUAUGUAUUAAAACACUAGAUUGUUGAUUAUAAAAUUUGAUUUGAUAUGUAUUGGCCAUUGAGAGACUUUAAAGCCACUGUCCCCAUAUUGGUACUUCUCAGGAGCAGUCCUCCAUAGGAAUGAAUGGAAUGCUACAUUAUUUCAAUUUAAGGGCAAAAUUACAUAUAUUUAAGCAUUUAUUUGUUGUAGAGUGAACAGUAACAUUCGUAUUCUCAAAAAAUUAUACUUUAAGGAAAAACUAUUUUUGUUUUGUUUGUUCAUAUAAUACAAUUUAAAAGUAUGCAUUGAGGUGUCUGUUAUGUAAUAUGCUUGUGUGUUGGAGGGGUACAAAAAUGGUGACAGUCACUUCAAAAUAGUGCCACCUGUCAGUCAUCUAGUGUUUAUAUGCACCAUUGGUUUGUAUGUGUGCUAGAGCAGAUGGAAGUUAUGGCUCCCUGCGUGGAGGCCACGUCAAGCAGUGUUCGGAAUAAAGAACCAAAAAGGAUGUAGCUGUGCCUGCCCACUUAUAAUUGUUGAUAUCACAAUGCCAAAUUACUUUCUCAUGUUAAUAAAAUCUCAAUAGUAAAUACAAUGAAAA